AUGGCGAUGAUGAUGGCUGGCCGUGUGCUGCUGGUGUGUGCCCUCUGCGUGCUGUGGUGCGGUGCCUGCGGUGGCUACGCGUGGGAUUUCAACGGAAACGAAUCGUUGAAUGAACAACAUUACGGAGCAAACGGCACAUACUGCAGGCUCAACAGCAGCCUCUUUCUUUGCAAAGAGAAAAGAAAUGCAAGUGAACUCGAAGAAACUACCUCACAGAAGAGUAACACUCAGAGCGGGACUGGGAGUGACGAAUUAAAUGCCGGUGAUUCCUCUGAGGGGCAGGACAACAGUUCGGAGGGAAAUGAUUUGCGUGGCUCGGGUCGUUCGAAAGAAGAUGAAGGUAAAAAAGAAUUAAAAAAUUCUGUAGAGGGAGAAACAACGCCAACACAACCAUCAACGGUAUCGGAAGAUUUGCCGAAGCCAGCGGCACCGGGUGGACCAGAAGCCCCCGGCACGGAGACAGAACUACAACCACCGCAGCAGUCACCGCCGCAGUCGCCGUUGCCGGCGGGAGGAACACCAACACCAACACCAACUGCCGAUGGUUCUUCUGGGGGGCGGGACAACAGUUCGGAGAAAAAUGGUUUGGAUGAAUCGGAAAAAACAGACGCAGGCCCACAGGAAUCACAACCGCCGCAAGGGAACGUAACAGAAACACCAACACCAGCAACAGUCACCGCCGCUCAAACAGGUGCCACGAGGACGCCUGACGAGAGUGACGGCAGCACCGCGGCCUUCCACUCCACCUCCCCUCUUCUGCUUUUUCUUGUUGCGUGUGCGGCUGCUGCUGCGGUGGUGGCCGCGUGA